AUGGCCGGCCCGGAGGAGGAGGAGGGGUCCCCCGCGGAGGACGCCCCCGGCUCGGAUCCCCGCGUCCGGCUGCUCGGGGAGCGCGUGGUGCGGAGCCUGCGGCUGAAGCCGGAGCGCUGGGAGCGCUGUGCGGGCAGCCCCGAGGCGCAGCCCCUGCUGCGGGGCUUCUUGGAGGGCGCCGCGGGGCAGCCGCCGCUGCUGCUGGUGACGCUGAGCCCGGCGGGGCAGCUGGCGCUCAGCACCCAGCUCCCCGCCAGCCCCGGCCGCAGCAAGGCGCUGUUCUUCCUGCGCAGGGGUCCCGGGCCGCUGAGCGCCCCGCCCGGCCCCGGGGAACUGCUCUACGGGGACCUGCCCGCCUCCUCCCUGGAGCACUUCGCCGCCCUGGUGGAGGAGGUAGUAGCACCAGUCCUGGCAAACCAGAAGAAUCACCACAGCUGGCCACAUGUGGUGUCACAGGACAUUAUGCGUCAUGUCCACAGCCUGAAAAGUAACAUUUUUGUGGUUAUUGGUCAAGUAAAAGGGAAGACCCUACUCCCUCUUCCAGCAGGCUCUGAGAGAAUGGAGUAUAUAGAUUGUGAAAAUGAAAAAAUUGUGGAACUGGUGGAUAAAUCUCUCGUGCACGCCAUUGAGUCAACAGUGAUAGAAUGGAGCUACCAGAUCCAGGGAGCGUUGAAAAGAGAGUCAUCAGAGCCACUUCUGCAAGGCAGCAACCCCAAUCCAAAGGUGGAGUUAGAAUUCUGGAAAAACAGGUACGAGGACCUGGAAUGCAUUUACAAUCAGCUGAAAACUCAGAAGGUGAGGAAAAUGGCCGAACUGCUAGACAGAGUGCAGAGCAGCUACUUCCCAGCCUUCAAAGCGAUGUUCAGAGAUGUCGUAGAAGCUUUGACUGAGGCCCAGGAUAUUAACCUGCACCUGACACCUCUCCAGCGCGGCUUGGAGGAGAUAGAGAAUGUUGAGUUUAAUGAGGUGAAGCCAUUGAUCAGUCCCUUGCUCCACAUGGUUUGUUUAAUCUGGGCCACAUCUAAUUACUACAACACGCCUGCACGGAUCAUAGUGCUGCUUCAGGAAAUCUGCAAUCUUCUCAUCCAACAAGCCUGGAAUUACCUGACCCCAGAAGACAUUCUGAAGGGGGAAGCAGAAGAAAGUCUGGGCAAAGUGCGGGAGGUGCUCGGCAUCCUGAGUUACUUCAAGCAGACGUUUGAGGCGAGACGGGAAAAUCUCCACACCUACUUUAAACCAGGCCAAGGAGUGAAAGAAUGGGACUUCCAAUCCCCCAUGGUGUUUGCACGGCUGGACAGCUUCCUAAGAAGACUUGAGAUGGUGGAGGAUCUCCUAGCAACGGCCUUGGACAUAAUGAAGCUGGAAAAGCUAGAGUUUAGUGGGAUAAGAGGAAAGGCGCUGAGCCAGCAGGUCCUGAGCAUGUAUGAAGAGUUCCAGGAGGUGUACAAAGUACUUUCAGACCGAAGCUAUGACUGUCUCGACACAAACAACAUGGAGUUCGAACAUGAUGCCUCUGACUUUAAGCAGAAAAUGGAAGAUAUGGACAGAAGGCUGGGGACUAUUUUCAGCCAGGCUUUUGAUGAUGCAGCUGGCUUGGAGCAUGCCUUCAAGUUGCUGGACAUAUUUGGGAGCCUUCUGGAACGGCCAGUGAUAGCUGCCAGUGCCUCUGACAAAUAUCCUCGGCUUAUCACCAUGUUUGACAGAGACCUGGAUGAUGCUAAAUUGAUCUACUCGAGGCAUAUUCAGGAGGAGAUGGAGCUAGGCUACCCCCCCGUGCACAGGAACAUGUCCUUGGUAGCUGGGGCUUUGCGCUGGGCUCAGGAGCUGAGAGACCGGAUCCAGGUCCCAUUCAGUCAUUUUAGGCACAUCACACAUCCCUGCCUGGAGUCCCCUGAAGGAAAAAGAAUGAUACAGAAGUACAAAGACAUGGUACAGCUACUAGAAAGGUAUCAGGAGAAGCUCUAUAAGGAUUGGUCCCAGACAGUGUCCGAAAAAUCACAGUACAACCUCACCCAGCCAGUUAUCAGACGAGAUCCAGAGACCAAGCUGAUCGCAGUCAAUUUUGAUCCACAGCUGAUUUCAGUGCUCAGGGAAGUGAGUUAUCUGGAGGCAAACCAGGUGGAGAGCAUCCCCAAGACAGCAGCAGAAAUCUACUCCUCCAAGGAGUCGUACCGGCAGCUGGUGGCUAACUUGGAGCUGAUGGUAAAUGCGUACAAUAAGAUCCUGAGGACAGUCCUCGAGGUGGAAUACCCUCUGGUACAGAGGCAACUGCAGGAUAUUGACUCCAGGCUGAAAGAGGCAGAAGAGACACUGAACUGGAAGACAGAAGGCCUGUGGGAGCACAUCUCCACGGUGAUCGAGAGCGUUCAUGACCUUGAGCGAAGGAUCCAGAAAGCCAAGGACAAUGUCGAGGAGAUUCAGAGCAUCAUGAGGUCAUGGGUCUCACCAAUUUUUGAGAGGAAAGAUGGAAAAAGGGAAAACGUGCUCAGUCUGGAGGACCGGCCUGAACGGCUAGAAAAGCGCUACAACCUCAUCAAAGAGUCGGGGCUGAGAAUCCAUGCACUGGUGAAGGAAAACCUGAGUCUGUUCGCCGCAGACCCCACCUCCGAAGUUUGGAAAGCGUACAUUGAUUAUGUGGAUGAAAUGAUCUUGGAUGGAUUCUUUAAUGCUAUUGAGUGCUCCCUCAAAUACCUCCUGGAAAACACAGAUUCCCAGGCAGCACUGGCUCCCCUGUUUGAGGUGCAGCUGGAUCUGGUGAUCCCCGAUUUGGUAUUCCACCCCUCGCUGGAUCCUGGUGCUAACGACGGCUUCUAUGACAUGGUCGAAGGACUCCUCAAUGACAUCUACCGGAUCUCAUCCCUGGUGCCCAGGCUGGCUGAGCACAGUGUUUUCCCUCACUAUCAGGCUGAUAUGGAGGACAUGGGUGACUUAGCUGACAUGCGCCACAGCCUCCUGGAGCGUGUGCAGAACACGAUGUCAACCUGCAGUGAUUACCGCAACUCCUUUGACCACUACUCUUACCUCUAUGGGGAUGACAGGAAGGAAUUCAUACGCCAGUUCCUGUUGUAUGGGCAUGUCCUGACUGCGGCAGAAAUUGAAGCCCAUGCGGACAAUGGAGUCCCAGAGAGCCCACCCACGUUACAGCAGUUCAGGGAGCAAAUUGACUCCUAUGAGAGAAUCUAUGAUGAAGUCAACCACCUGGAACCAGUGAACAUCUUCGACAGUUGGAUGAAAAUCGAUGCUCGACCCUUCAAAGCAACCCUGCUGAAUGUCAUCAAACGGUGGAGCCUGAUGUUUAAACAGCAUCUCAUUGAUCAUGUGACACACAGCUUGGCUGAUCUUGAAGAAUUUAUAAAAAUUGCUGAUAGAGGUUUGAACAAAGAGGUUGAAAAAGGAGAUUAUGAUGGUUUGGUGGAGAUUAUGGGUCACCUUAUGGCUGUUAAAGAAAGACAGAGCAGCACUGAUGAGAUGUUUGAACCUCUGAAGCAAACAAUUGAGCUACUGAAGAUAUAUGAGCAAGAACUUACAGAUGAAGUGUAUAAGCAACUAGAGGAGCUGCCAGAAAAAUGGAACAACAUAAAGAAGCUGGCGAUAACUGUGAAACAGCAAGUGGCUUCUUUGCAGGCAAAUGAAGUGACAGUUAUUCGCAAGAACUGUGCAGCAUUUGAUGUGGAACAGCAGAAAUUCAGAGAGAGAUUUCGCAAAGAAGCACCAUUGAGGUUUGACACUGAAAAUCCUUACCUAAUGCUGGAUGCAAACCACAUUGAGAUAAAACAAAUGGAGUCAACCAUGGCCUCACUUUAUGAAUCAGCUGGUUUGUUUGAAGUCAAUGUUCCAGAUUAUAAACAGCUAAAGCAAUGCAGGAAGGAAGUUUGUCUUCUCAAGGAACUCUGGGAUAUGAUCUCUGUGGUGACAUCUAGCAUGAAUGACUGGCAGACCACGAAAUGGAAGGAUAUUAAUGUGGAAAACAUGGACCUUGAAUGCAAAAAGUUUGCAAAGGAUAUUCGGAACCUGGAUAAAGAAAUGAGGGUGUGGGAUGCAUUCGCUGGGCUGGACAACAGGGUGAAGAACAUCCUGACAUCUCUGAGGGCUGUGGCGGAGCUUCAGAAUCCCGCCAUCAGGGAAAGGCACUGGAACCAGUUGAUGCAGGCAACAGGUGUGACAUUCACCAUGGACGCAGACACCACACUGGCUGACCUCCUGACACUCAACCUGCAUAACUUUGAGGAUGAGGUUCGGGGCAUAGUGGAUAAAGCAGUUAAGGAAAUGAGCAUGGAAAAAGUCUUGAAAGAGCUAAAAAGCACUUGGAGCAGCAUGGAAUUCCAGUAUGAACUGCAUCCCCGGACAAACAUCCCCCUGCUGAAAUCUGAUGAGGAGCUCAUUGAAACUUUAGAAGACAACCAGGUGCAGCUGCAGAAUCUGAUGACAUCCAAGUAUAUUGCCUUCUUCUUAGAGGAAGUAUCCGGAUGGCAAAAGAAGCUGUCCACAGCAGACUCAAUCAUUUCUAUCUGGUUUGAAGUGCAGCGGACAUGGACUCACCUGGAGAGCAUAUUCAUUGGCUCAGAAGAUAUCCGGGCGCAGCUUCCCGAGGACUCCAAGCGCUUUGAAGGAAUUGAUGUUGAUUUUAAAGAACUGGCCUAUGAUGCGGAGAAAACACCGAAUGUCGUUGAGGCUACUAACAAGCCAGGUCUUUAUGAACAACUGGAGGAUAUUCAGAGCAGAUUGGCUCUGUGUGAGAAGGCCUUGGCUGAAUACUUGGACACCAAGAGGUUGGCCUUUCCCAGAUUUUACUUCAUUUCUUCUGCGGAUUUACUGGACAUUCUUUCCAAUGGCACCAACCCGCAGCUAGUGCAGCGCCAUCUCGCUAAGCUGUUUGACAACAUGUCCAAGAUGAAAUUCCAGCUGGACUCUGAGCAAAAGCCGACCAAAACUGGCCUGGGGAUGUACAGUAAAGAGGAGGAAUAUGUCAGCUUCAGUGAGCCCUGUGACUGUAGCGGGCAGGUUGAAAUUUGGCUGAAUCAUGUGCUGGACAGCAUGAGGGCUACCGUAAGACAUGAGAUGACAGAAGGAGUGACUGCUUAUGAAGAGAAACCAAGAGAACAGUGGCUCUUUGACUACCCUGCCCAGGUGGCACUGACCUGUACCCAGAUCUGGUGGACCACGGAAGUUGGAAUUGCCUUUGCCAGACUGGAAGAAGGAUAUGAGAAUGCAAUGAAGGAAUAUUACAAGAAGCAAGUGAUCCAGCUGAAUACCCUCAUCACCAUGCUCAUCGGUCAGCUCUCCAAGGGCGACAGACAGAAAAUCAUGACCAUAUGUACUAUUGACGUACAUGCUAGGGAUGUCGUAGCUAAGAUGAUAGCUCAAAAGGUCGACAGUGCCCAGGCGUUCAUUUGGCUGUCGCAGCUUCGGCACAGAUGGGCUGAUGAGGAGAAGCACUGCUUUGCAAACAUUUGUGAUGCCCAGUUUCUGUACUCCUACGAAUACCUGGGCAAUACGCCUCGGCUUGUGAUCACUCCCCUUACGGACAGAUGUUACAUCACCCUCACCCAAUCGCUGCACCUGACCAUGAGCGGGGCCCCAGCUGGGCCAGCAGGGACUGGCAAGACCGAGACGACCAAAGACUUGGGGCGCGCCCUUGGCAUCAUGGUGUAUGUGUUUAACUGCUCUGAACAGAUGGACUACAAGUCUUGUGGAAAUAUUUACAAAGGCCUUUCCCAGACGGGUGCCUGGGGCUGUUUUGAUGAAUUUAAUAGAAUCUCAGUGGAGGUCCUUUCAGUGGUGGCUGUACAGGUGAAAAGUAUACAGGAUGCCAUAAGGGACAAAAAGCAACGUUUCAAUUUCCUUGGAGAAGACAUUAAUUUGAUUCCUUCUGUUGGCAUUUUCAUUACAAUGAACCCUGGCUAUGCUGGACGAACUGAACUACCCGAGAACUUGAAAGCUCUUUUCAGGCCAUGUGCAAUGGUUGUGCCAGACUUUGAGCUGAUCUGUGAAAUCAUGUUGGUGGCUGAGGGGUUCAUUGAGGCCCGGUUGUUAGCCAGGAAAUUCAUUACCCUUUACCAAUUAUGCAAAGAGCUCCUGUCCAAACAGGAUCACUACGACUGGGGCCUGCGUGCAAUUAAGUCAGUGCUGGUUGUUGCUGGCUCCCUUAAGAGAGGGGACCCCGACCGUCCUGAAGACCAGGUUCUUAUGCGCUCUCUUCGUGACUUCAACAUCCCUAAGAUUGUGACAGACGACAUGCCAGUGUUUAUGGGACUGAUCGGGGAUCUUUUUCCUGCUUUGGAUGUCCCCAGAAAGCGAGACCUGAGUUUUGAAUCGUUUGUGAAACAGGCUGUGUUAGACCUCAAACUGCAGGCUGAAGACAACUUUGUGCUCAAAGUGGUGCAGCUGGAGGAGUUGCUGGCUGUGCGGCACUCUGUCUUUGUGGUGGGUAAUGCUGGCACCGGCAAAUCUCAGGUACUGAAAUCUCUGAAUAAGACUUACCAGAUAAUGAAACGACGUCCUGUCUGGACAGACCUCAACCCCAAAGCAGUCACCAAUGACGAACUUUUUGGCAUCAUCAACCCAGCCACAAGAGAAUGGAAAGACGGACUGUUUUCAUCAAUCAUGCGAGAUCUGGCCAAUGUCACACAUGAUGGUCCCAAGUGGAUGGUGCUGGAUGGUGAUAUUGAUCCAAUGUGGAUUGAGUCUCUUAAUACUGUCAUGGAUGAUAAUAAGGUGCUGACACUAGCAAGCAAUGAAAGAAUUCCCCUUAACCCAACCAUGAGGCUGCUCUUUGAGAUCAGUCACCUACGCACAGCAACUCCAGCCACUGUAUCCAGAGCAGGCAUUCUGUACAUCAACCCAGCAGACUUGGGCUGGAAUCCCCCCGUGAGCAGCUGGAUCGACCGAAGAGAAAUCCAGUCAGAACGAGCUAAUCUGACCAUCUUGUUUGAUAAAUACCUGCCGCUUUGCCUGGACACUCUUAGAACUAGAUUUAAGAAGAUUAUUCCAGUUCCUGAACAGAGUAUGGUUCAGAUGUUGUGUUACCUUCUUGAGUGUCUCCUAACUACGGAGAACACUCCUUCAGACUGCCCCAAGGAACUCUACGAGCUCUACUUUGUGUUUGCUGCUGUCUGGGCCUUUGGUGGAGCAAUGUUCCAGGAUCAGCUUGUAGACUACCGAGUAGAAUUCAGUAAGUGGUGGGUGACUGAGUUCAAGACCAUCAAGUUUCCUUCUCAGGGAACUGUCUUCGACUUUUACAUUGAUCCAGAAACAAAAAAGUUUGAACCUUGGUCCAAACUCAUCCCCAAGUUUGAAUUUGAUCCCGAAAUGCCAUUACAGGCUUGUCUGGUGCCCACCAGUGAAACCAUCCGAGUGCGGUACUUUAUGGAUAGGCUCCUGGAGCGAAGGAAGCCAGUCAUGCUAGUGGGAAAUGCCGGCACUGGGAAAUCUGUGCUCGUCGGAGACAAACUCUCUUCGCUAGAUGCCGACGAGUACAUGGUGAAGAAUGUGCCUUUCAACUACUACACCAGCUCCGCCAUGCUGCAAGCUGUACUUGAGAAGCCUUUGGAUAAAAAGGCUGGUAGAAAUUAUGGCCCACCUGGCACCAAGAAACUCAUCUACUUCAUUGACGAUAUGAACAUGCCUGAAGUGGACACUUAUGGAACAGUGCAGCCCCACACACUGAUCAGACAACACAUGGACUAUGGCCACUGGUACGACAGAAACAAACUGUCCCUGAAGGAGAUCAUGAACGUGCAGUACGUGUCAUGUAUGAACCCCACUGCAGGGAGUUUCACCAUCAACCCACGGCUUCAGCGCCACUUCAGUGUGUUUGCUCUCUCCUUCCCUGGAUCGGAAGCUUUGUCCACCAUCUACAGUGUCAUUCUAACUCAGCAUCUGAAACGGGGGAAUUUCUCUGGGCCUGUGCAGAAAUCGUCUCAGCAGCUGAUACACCUGGCACUGGGCCUGCACCAGAAAGUAGCUGCUACUUUCCUGCCAACGGCUAUCAAAUUCCAUUAUAUUUUCAACCUCAGAGACUUCUCCAAUAUCUUUCAAGGCAUUCUGUUUUCUACCCCGGAGUGUCUGAAAGCUCCCCAAGACUUGGUGAAGCUCUACCUGCAUGAAUCAAACCGGGUGUACCGGGAUAAGAUGAUUGAUGAGACAGAUUUCAGCACAUUUGAUAAAAUGCAGACGGAGAUGGUAAAGAAGUUCUAUGAUGAAAUCGAGGAGACUCUAGAGGAGACCAAGAAGAUGAACAUGUACUGCCAUUUUGCUAGAGGCGUUGGGGAACCCAAAUACAUGCCUGUUCAGACCUGGGAGUCACUGAAUCACAUCCUUGUGGAAGCCUUGGAUAACCACAAUGAGGUCAAUGCUGCCAUGAAUCUGGUGCUCUUUGAAGAUGCCAUGUGCCAUGUUUGCCGCAUCAAUCGUAUCUUAGAAUCCCCCAGAGGAAAUGCCCUAUUGGUUGGGGUAGGUGGAAGCGGCAAGCAGAGCCUGACAAGACUUGCAGCUUUCAUUAGCUCACUGGAGGUUUUCCAGAUCACGCUGAGGAAAGGCUAUGGAAUCCCUGACCUGAAGGCAGACUUGGCAAACCAGUAUAUUAAAACUGGAGUGAAGAAUGUUGGCACUGUAUUCCUUAUGACUGAUGCCCAGGUGGCUGAUGAAAGGUUCUUAGUGCUGGUAAAUGACUUGUUAGCUUCAGGUGAAAUUCCUGAUCUUUUCCCUGAUGAUGAAGUUGAAAACAUCAUCAGCAGUGUGAGAAACGAAGUCAAAAGCCAAGGACUGGUGGACACCAGGGAAACCUGCUGGAAAUUCUUCAUAGACCGUGUUCGACGACAGCUAAAGGUUGCUCUUUGUUUCUCACCCGUUGGUAACAAGCUGAGAAUUCGCAGCAGGAAAUUCCCAGCUGUGGUGAACUGCACAGCGAUAGACUGGUUCCACGAGUGGCCUCAAGAGGCAUUGGAGUCUGUCAGCCUGCGCUUCCUGCAAGAAACUGAGAACAUUGAGCUUUCAGUGAAAGACUCAAUAAGCAAGUUUAUGGCUUAUGUCCAUACAAGUGUCAAUGAGAUGUCCCGGUCUUAUCUGAGCAAUGAACGUCGCUAUAACUACACCACACCCAAGUCAUUCCUCGAGCAAAUCAAACUCUACCAAAAUUUGUUAUUUAAAAAGGGCAAGGAGCUGACAGCAAAAAUGGAGCGACUGGAGAAUGGCCUGCAGAAACUCAACAGCACAUCUGCACAGGUAGAUGGCCUGAAGGCCAAGCUGGCAGCCCAGGAAGUAGAGCUGAAGCAGAAGAAUGAAGAUGCUGACAAGCUGAUUCAGGUGGUUGGUGUGGAGACGGAGAAGGUGAGCACGGAGAAAGCCAUAGCUGAUGAGGAGGAGCAGAAGGUGGCGCUGAUAACUCAGGAGGUCAAGCAGAAGCAAAAGGACUGCGAGGAAGACCUGGCUAAAGCUGAACCAGCCCUUGCCGCUGCCCAGGCGGCUCUUAACACACUCAAUAAGAACAAUCUGACAGAACUGAAGUCAUUUGGAUCGCCGCCUUCUGCUGUCAGCAAUGUCACUGCUGCUGUGAUGGUGCUUAUGGCUCCAGGUGGAAAGGUUCCCAAGGACAGGAGCUGGAAAGCAGCUAAGGUUUCCAUGGCCAGAGUAGAUGGUUUCCUGGACUCCUUAAUCCACUUUGAUAAGGAGAAUAUCCACGAGAACUGUCUCAAAGCUAUUCAGCCAUACUUACAGGAUCCAGAAUUUAACCCCGAGUUUGUGACCUCCAAGUCCUAUGCAGCUGCUGGUCUCUGUUCUUGGGUCAUAAAUAUUGUGAGGUUCUACGAGGUGUACUGUGAUGUGGAGCCCAAGCGGCAGGCUCUGAACAAAGCCAAUGCAGAACUGGCUGCUGCUCAGGAGAAGCUGGCUAACAUCAAAGCCAAAAUUGCUCACCUUAAUGAAAACCUAGCAAAACUCACAGCCAAAUUUGAGAGGGCUACUUCAGACAAACUGAAAUGUCAGCAAGAAGCUGAAGCUACAGCAUGCACCAUCUCACUUGCAAAUCGACUGGUUGGGGGACUCGCCUCUGAAAACGUGAGAUGGGCAGAGGCUGUGAAAGACUUCAAAGAGCAGGAGAGCACAUUGUGUGGAGAUGUCUUACUAAUCACAGCCUUCGUCUCCUACCUGGGUUACUUUACGAAGAAAUACAGACAAGACCUGAUGGAUGGAGUCUGGAGGCCAUACUUGCGCCAACUAAAAGUUCCAGUCCCUGUAACUCCAUUAUUAGACCCUCUGACAAUGCUGACGGAUGAUGCUGAUAUAGCAGCCUGGCAGAAUGAAGGCCUUCCAGCUGAUCGGAUGUCCACGGAAAAUGCCACAAUCCUCACAAACUGUGAACGCUGGCCCCUUAUGGUUGAUCCCCAACUCCAGGGUAUCAAAUGGAUCAAAACCAAGUAUGGCGAAGAUCUCAGAGUGAUCAGAAUCGGGCAGAAGGGGUAUUUGGACACCAUGGAACAAGCCCUUGCUGCAGGUGAAGUGGUUUUGAUUGAAAACUUGGAGGAAUCUGUGGAUCCAGUUUUGGGAGCAUUACUUGGCCGAGAAACAAUCAAGAAAGGAAGGUAUAUUAAAAUUGGAGACAAAGAAUGUGAAUAUAACCCCAGUUUCCGUCUCAUCCUCCACACAAAGCUAGCAAACCCCCAUUACCAACCUGAGAUGCAGGCACAGUGCACCCUCAUCAACUUCACUGUAACUCGAGAUGGCUUGGAAGACCAGCUGCUAGCAGCUGUAGUGAGCAUGGAGCGGCCUGACCUGGAAGAACUAAAGUCAGACCUCACAAAGCAGCAGAAUGGAUUCAAAAUCACCUUAAAAACUUUGGAGGACAAUUUGCUGUCCCGGCUCUCCUCAGCAUCUGGGAACUUCCUCGGGGACACGGCCUUGGUGGAAAACCUGGAGACCACCAAACAGACAGCUGCGGAAAUUGAAGAAAAGGUCCAGGAGUCCAAGGUGACAGAAACAAAGAUUAACGAGGCGAGGGAGCACUACAGACCUGCAGCAGCACGGGCUUCUCUGCUGUACUUCAUCAUGAACGACCUCAAUGCCAUUCACCCCAUGUACCAGUUCUCUUUGAAGGCGUUCAGUGUCGUGUUUCAGAAGGCUGUGGAGAGGGCCUCUCCAGACGAGAGCCUCAAAGAGCGUGUUCUAAACCUGAUCGACAGCAUCACCUUCUCUGUGUUCCAGUAUACCACCCGGGGGCUGUUUGAGUGUGACAAACUGACCUACACCGCCCAAGUGACCUUCCAGAUACUUCUGAUGAAUAAUGAAAUUAACGUGGUGGAGCUGGACUUCCUGCUUCGAUAUCCAGCACAGCCAGGAGUCACGAGUCCAGUGGAGUUCCUGUCUAAUCACUCAUGGGGUGGCAUCAAGAGCCUGUCAUCUAUGGAGGAAUUCCGGAACCUGGAUCGGGAUAUCGAGGGAUCUGCCAAACGCUGGAAAAAAUUUGUAGAAUCUGAAUGCCCUGAAAAGGAGAAGUUCCCUCAGGAAUGGAAGAGCAAGUCAGCUCUGCAGCGUCUGUGCAUGUUGAGAGCCAUCCGGCCUGAUCGCAUGACUUAUGCUGUCCGAGAUUUUGUUGAAGAAAAGCUGGGAAGUAAAUAUGUGGUAGGAAGAUCUCUGGAUUUUGCAACAUCAUUUGAGGAGUCAGGACCCGCAACCCCAAUGUUCUUUAUCCUGUCCCCAGGGGUCGACCCUCUGAAGGAUGUGGAGAAACAAGGGAAGAAACUUGGUUACACAUUUAACAACAAGAAUUUCCACAAUGUUUCCCUUGGACAAGGUCAAGAGGUAGUAGCAGAGCAAGCUCUAGACAUGGCUGCAAAGGAGGGUCACUGGGUUAUCCUUCAGAACAUCCAUCUGGUGGCCAAGUGGCUGAGUUCUCUGGAGAAAAAACUUGAGCAGCACAGUGAAGGCAGCCACGAGGAGUUCCGCGUCUUCAUUAGUGCAGAGCCUGCUCCUUCACCUGAUGGCCACAUCAUCCCCCAGGGCAUCCUGGAGAACUCCAUCAAAAUCACCAACGAACCUCCAACUGGGAUGCAUGCCAACCUGCACAAGGCUCUGGAUAACUUCAACCAGGACACCUUGGAGAUGUGUGCUCGGGAGAACGAGUUCAAAAGCAUCCUGUUUGCCCUCUGUUAUUUCCAUGCCGUGGUGGCAGAAAGACGCAAGUUUGGGCCCCAGGGCUGGAACCGCUCCUACCCCUUUAACACUGGAGACCUCACUAUCUCAGUCAACGUGCUGUACAAUUACCUGGAGGCCAAUUCAAAGGUCCCCUAUGACGAUUUGCGCUACCUCUUCGGUGAGAUUAUGUAUGGAGGCCACAUCACAGAUGACUGGGACAGACGACUUUGCAAAACCUACUUGGAGGAAUUUAUUAAGCCAGAAAUGCUGGAGGGAGAGCUCUUCCUAGCUCCAGGAUUCCCUCUCCCGGGGAACAUGGACUACAAUGGUUAUCACCAGUACAUAGACGAUGCCCUGCCUGCCGAGUCUCCGUACCUGUAUGGUCUCCAUCCGAAUGCUGAAAUCGGCUUCUUAACCCAGACCUCAGAGAAACUCUUCCGCACCGUGUUGGAGAUGCAGCCUCGUGACACCAACGCUGGCGAAGGAGGAGGGGCUACGAGGGAAGAAAAGGUGAAGGCUCUUCUGGAUGAGAUUUUAGAGAAAUUAACAGAUGAGUUUAACAUCCUGGAGCUGAUGGCAAAGGUGGAGGAGAGGACGCCCUACAUUGUGGUUGCCUUCCAGGAAUGUGAGCGAAUGAACAUCCUCACCAGUGAGAUAAAGCGCUCCCUUAAGGAGCUAGAUCUGGGAUUGAAGGGAGAGCUGACAAUGACAAGCGAUAUGGAGAACCUACAGAAUGCCCUCUUCCUGGACACUGUGCCCGAGUCUUGGACUAGGAGGGCUUAUCCUUCCAUGGCUGGCCUGGCUGGCUGGUUUGCUGACCUGCUGAGCCGCAUCAAGGAGCUUGAGACGUGGACAGGAGACUUUGUCUUGCCCUCUGUUGUGUGGCUAGCGGGAUUCUUCAACCCUCAGUCUUUCCUGACAGCCAUCAUGCAGUCCAUGGCCCGAAAGAACGAGUGGCCUUUGGAUAAAAUGACUCUGCAGUGCGAUGUGACGAAGAGGAACCGCGAAGAUUUGAGCAGCCCUCCUCGUGAGGGUGCCUACGUACAUGGUUUAUUCAUGGAGGGUGCACGCUGGGAUAUGCAGACAGGGAUGAUGAUGGAUGCCAGGCUGAAGGAUCUAACUCCAGCCAUGCCCGUUAUUUUCAUCAAGGCCAUUCCUGCUGACAAACAGGACACUCGCAGUGUGUACCCAUGUCCCGUGUACAAAACACGUCAGAGAGGGCCAACCUAUGUGUGGACUUUUAACCUGAAAACUAAAGAAAACCCUUCCAAGUGGGUCCUAGCUGGGGUUGCACUGCUUCUGCAAAUUUAG